CAUGGAAUUUGACAGCUGGCUGAAUAGUUUUGGUUGGAUUUGGAUAUAAGCUUCAUUCAUUCAUUUUUCAUUAAACGUUAAUCAAACACUCAUAAAACUCACAUUUUUGAGGUAUUUUCGAUUGAAACUGUUGUUAAAAAUGGGUAGAAAGAGAAACUUUACUAGUAUCCUUAAUCCAUUUGCCAAAAGGAAGCGUGAGCUUAAAGACAGGGAUCAGUCGGAACCAACGAGGAGAGAUAAACCUUACGAAGACAUUAAACGGGAGAAUGAAAGCUUUGAGGUGUACUAUAAACACCAGAAUAUUUGCCCGGCAGAGGAAUGGGAUCAGUUUAUGGAGAAACUGCGGUCAAGUUUACCAACCACUUUCCGGAUAACUGGUUCGAAGAGCCAUGCUCGCGCUCUGUUAAAGAUUAUAAAGGAUCAAUUUUUCGCCGAGUACUAUCGAGCAGUAGCUGAAUUUAGAGAGAAUGGGGAAGAAGUACAAGAGCCGUUAUGUCUUUCUUGGUACCCGAAUGAUUUUGCGUGGCAGUUGGAGCUUUCCCGCAAGGACAUACGGCGGUCGGAACCUUUGUACAAAUUGCACAAUUUUUUGAUAGCGGAGACUAGUUCUGGGAACAUCAGUAGACAGGAAGCAGUAUCGAUGAUACCACCCCUACUGUUGGGAGUCGAGCCUCACCACAAGGUGCUGGAUAUGUGUGCUGCACCGGGUUCUAAAACAGCCCAACUAAUCGAAGCUCUACAUGCUGGUGGGGAUAGUCUUCCUAAAGGUUUUGUUUUAGCAAACGAUAUAGACAACAAUCGCUGCUAUAUGUUGGUUCAUCAGGCCAAACGAUUAAGCUCAGCUUGCUGUCUAGUGUCCAAUGCAGACAGUUCCAAGUUUCCGGAGCUAAAGCUAAAAAACGAAGCCGGCGAACUGGAAAAUCUUCGGUAUGAUCGGAUACUGUGCGAUGUUCCUUGUUCAGGUGAUGGAACUUUGCGCAAAAAUGUGGACAUUUGGAAUAAAUGGCAUUUGGGUAAUGCGCACAACCUACACGGGGUUCAGUACCGCAUUGUAAAGCGUGGUGCUGAACUGCUUGAGGUAGGUGGGAAACUGGUUUACUCGACCUGUUCCUUGAAUCCGGUAGAAAACGAGGCUGUUUUGCACAGUCUUCUGGCACAAGCUGGUGAUUCACUGGAAAUCCUUGAGGCAAGUCAUCUUCUCCCAACGUUGAAGCACAGUCCUGGAAUGACCUACUGGGAACCAGCCACCAAGGAUAUGCGGUUCUACAAAUCUUUCGAAGACGUACCAGAAAUCUAUCGUUCUUCAAUUCGUGCCUGUCUGUUUCCUCCUGCACCGGAAGAGGCAGCUAAGUACAAUCUAACUCGCUGUAUACGAGUGUUACCGCAUCAACAGAAUACAGGUGGCUUCUUUAUUGCAUUGAUCGAGAAGAAGAAGAAACUUCCGUGGGAAUCGGAAGAACAGUUAUCAGCAGCUGCUGAAACCAACACUGCCGAAGGAGCUUUUGUAGAAGCUGCUGGUGAAGUUAAAAAUGAGAACGAAUCGAAGAAACAGCAAAAGCACUACAGGGGUUUCAAGGAGGAUCCGUUUGUAUUUUUCGAUGGAACUGAAGAGAUUUACGAGUCGAUUAAAAAGUUCUAUCAGUUGUCUGACGAUUUCAAUCCGAUUAAUUUGUUGACACGCUGCCGAGAAGGCAAGAAGAAGAACAUCUAUUUUAGUGCGGACAUUCUGCGUAAUGUGGUCAGUAACAACGAGGAACGGAUUAAGUUCAUCAACUUGGGAGUGAAAGCUUUCGCGCGUUGUGACAAUCGAAAUCGACUGUGCGAUUUCCGCAUGGCUCAGGAAGGACUUCCAAGCGUGAUCGGAUUUGUCGGUACGAGUCGGCGUUUAUCCAUAGGAAGGGAAGAUUUGGUGAAGUUGUUGUCUAAUAGCGAUCCAACAAAACCUCCGGAAUUAGUCGGUUUGAGCGACACGAUCCAGAAGGAUGCCGAAAGUUUGGAGCCGGGCAGCUGUGUGCUACAGUACAAAGCGGACGACUUGGAACUUAAUGUAGUCGGCUGGCGUGGAGCGAAGAGCCUCCGGGCGUACGUUGACCAACAUGAUACGGUUCACAUGUUAAGAUUAUUGGGUGCCGACGUUUCGAAAUAUGAGAAAAAUAAAUUUGAAGAAAAAAAGGAAGCUGCCGAUGCCACCGACCCAACAGAUUAAAAUAGAGUGAAGCUUGUUUGAUGGGAUAUUAAACUAUCCUAACUUGAAGAACUUGUUGAACACAAUAAAUUUAAUUGAUACUUAUA